UGAGUACCUACGCCUACAUCGUGAAGUUUGUAAAACGAAAAAUAUAAUUAAAAUACGCUCCGAAAAUCUAAAACGUUAUGCUUGUCAUUAAACGGAAUCCAGAUGAAGGAUAACUAAAGACAAAGAUAACUCGAACAUUCUGCGAAUCGUCACAAGUUUUCUAAAGCAAGAAAAUAGAAAACUGUUCAAAAACAGGGGGAUGCUGCACUAAAAUGAGUCUCUCUGGGGAGAAAGAGAAGGGGGGCUCUGCCUCUAAAACAAGUCUUUCUCAAGAACAUGACAUGGACACUGAAGCUGAAAGUCCAAUCCAGCAGGAGAGAUCAGCCUCACCUGUACCCAGCUGUGUGUCCAUGAAGAGUGACAGAUCCAUGGGUCCUCCUCCCAAGUUCAGUGAUGGAGACAGACCUGCUGAUGAGAACGAGAUCAAACAGCAGAGAUCAGUCUCUCCUGUACCCAGCUGUGUAUCCAUGAAGAGUGACAGGUCUAUGGGUCCUCCUCCCAAGUUCAGUGAUGGAGACGGACCUGCUGAUGAGAAAGACAUCAAACAGCAGAGACCAGCCUCACCGGUACCCAGCUGUGUGUCCAUGAAGAGUGACAGGUCUAUGGGUCCACCUCCCAAGUUCAGUGAUGGAGGCGGACCUGCUGAUGAGAACGAGAUCAAACAGCAGAGAUCAGUCUCUCCUGUACCCAGCUGUGUAUCCAUGAAGAGUGACAGGUCUAUGGGUCCACCUCCCAAGUUCAGUGAUGGAGACAGACCUGCUGAUGAGAAAGAUUUUACCAGGAUCAAACAGCAGAGAUCAGCCUCACCGGUACCCAGCUGUGUGUCCAUGAAGAGUGACAGGUCUAUGGGUCCUCCUCCCAAGUUCAGUGAUGGAGACGGACCUGCUGAUGAGAAAGAGAUCAAACAGCAGAGAUCAGCCUCACCGGUACCCAGCUGUGUGUCCAUAAAGAGUGGCAGAUCUAUGGGUCCUCCUCCCAAGUUCAGUGAUGGAGGCAGACCUGCUGAUGAGAAAGAUGAAGAAAAGGUGAAAUCAGAGUCCGAGCAGAGUCAUCAUGAAGAUGUUUCCUCCAUAUUCAUGCAACUUGAGGAGGCUGCAAUUACUUUUUUCAAGUAUGAGUUGAGAAGACUCCAGCAAGUUCUAAGUUCAGAUCUCCCAGAAGGAGUACAGUGUCAGACAGAGGAUCAGGACAUUGUGGACCCUGAAUAUCAGAAACAAGAGAGCAGUGCCAAAAAGGGAGCUCUGAAGAUCACAUUGCACCUCCUGAGGAUCAUGAACCAGAAGAAGCUUGCUGACAAACUGGAGAGAAAUGAGCUUCUUGUGAUUUGCCAACAUCAACUGAAAUCCAAACUGAAGAACAAGUUUAAAAAUGUGUUUGAGGGAAUAAAUAAAGGAAAACAAACACCUCUCAGUAAGGUCUACACAGAUCUCUACAUUACAGAAGAUGAUGGAAAGCUUGACGAUGAACAGAUGAGACAGAUAGAGAAAGCAUCCAUAAAUGCACCCAAGAAAUCAAAGACAGCCAUCACAUGCAGUGACAUGUUCAAACCCUCACCUGAACAAAACCAACCAAUCAGAACUGUUCUGACAAAGGGAGAUGCUGGUGUCGGAAAAACAUUCUCUGUGCAUCAGUUCAUUAUGGACUGGGCUGAAGGGAGAGCCAACCAGGAUAUCAAGUUCAUCUUUCCACUCCCAUUUCGAGAGCUGAAUCAGUUGAAAGAGGCCACACUCAGUUUGAUGGGACUUCUUCAUUACUUCUUGGUUGAAACCAAAGACUUUGGAAUCUCUGACUACAACAAGUACAACACUCUGUUUGUCUUUGAUGGUCUAGAUGAGUGCCGAUUGCCCCUAGACUUUCAAAAUAACAAGAGUGUCUCUGAUGUCACGCAGCAAACCUCAGUGGAUGAGCUGUUGACAAACCUCAUUAAGGGGAAUCUGCUUCCCUCUGCAUCCAUCUGGAUAACCACUCGGGCUGCAGGAGCCAUUGAGAUCCCUCCUGAGUAUGUUGACCGUGUAACGGUGGUACGAGGGUUCAAUGAGUCACAGAAGGCAGAGUACUUCAUGAAGAGAAUCAGUGAUGAAAACAUGGCCAAAAGAAUAAUAUCACACAUCACAAAAUCGGUUGUCCUCAACACAAUGUCUGAAGUUCCAGUCUUCUCGUGGACUUCUGCUACAGUUCUUGAGGACAUGCUCAACAUGGAUAAGAGUGGGGAGAUGCCCAAGACUGUGACUGAGAUGUACACACACUUCCUUGUGUUACAGACCAAACAGAAGAAUGUGAAGUAUCAUGGGAAAACUGAGACAGAUCCACACUGGGAUGAAGAGAGCAUCAAGACUAUUUAUUCACUGGGAGAAAUGGCCUUUCAACAACUAAACAAAGGCAAACUGCAUUUUUAUGAAGAAGACCUGAUGCAAUGUGGCAUCAAUCUCCAAGAUGCCUCAUGGUACUCAGGAGUGUUCACACAGAUCUUCAAAGAGCAGCGUGGACUCUACCACAACAAGGUCUUUCGUUUCACUUAUCAGAGCAUGCAGGAGUACCUGGCUGCGUUGUUCGUAUCUCUGAUGUUCAUCAACAAAAACGAGAAUUGGAUACAUGAACCUCAUUCAAAGUCUAAAAAAGCAAUGCCGCUGUCCGAGCUUCACAAGGCUGCUGUGGACAAGGCUUUAAGCAGUCCCAAUGGACACAUGGACUUUUUCCUUCGAUUCCUUUUGGGCCUUUCAGUGGAGUCCAAUCAGAAGCUCUUACGAGGUAUCCUGACACAGACAGGAAAUGGCCAUGAGAAAACAGUCGAGUACAUCAAGAAGAAGAUCAGAAAGAAUCCCUCUCCGGAGAGAUGCAUGAAUCUGUUCCACUGUCUGAAUGAACUGAAUGACCAGUCUCUGGGGAAGGAGAUCCAACAUUACCUGAGCUCAGGAAGUCUCUCCAAUGAGAAGCUCUCACCUACACAGUGGUCAGCUCUGGUCUUUGUGUUGCUGACUUUAGAAGAGACGAUGGAUGCGUUUGACCUGAAGAAGUACUUCAGAUCAGAGACAGGUCUUCUAAAGCUUCUGCCAGUUGUCAAAGGCUCUAAAAAGGUUCUGCUUGACAACUGUAACCUGUCCAAAAACUGCUGUAAAGAACUGGCGUCAGCUCUGUCCGGCUCAAAGGUCAAAGAGUUGGACCUGAGUAACAACAACCUCCAGGAUUCAGGAGUGAAGAUGUUGUGUUCAGGAUUAGGACAACUACAGCUGGAGAGACUGAGGCUUUCGCAUUGUGGGCUCACAAAGGAAAUCUGUGCUUUGCUGGUCUCAGCCCUGUCCAACCCCUCAAGUUAUAAAGAGCUGGACCUGAGCUACAAUCAUCUUCGAGACUCAGGAGUGGAGCUGAUCUCUUCUGGAUUGAACAAUUCAUACUGGAAACUUGAGACUCUGAGGCUAUCGGGCUGUCUUGUCACAGAAAAAGGCUGUGACUUUCUGGCUACAGCUCUGAAGUCAAACCCUGACUACCUGAGAGAGCUGGACUUGAGUAACAACGACCUGCAAGAUUCAGGAGUGAAGCUGCUCUCUGAUGAACUGGGGAAUUCACAAUGUAAACUGAAGACACUUAGACUGUCAGGCUGUCUUGUCACAAGAAUAGGCUGUGGCUUUCUGGCUACAGCUCUGAAGUCAAACCCUGACUACCUGAGAGAGCUAGACCUGAGUAACAACGACCUGCAAGAUUCAGGAGUGAAGCUGCUCUCUGAUGAACUGGGGAAUUCACAAUGUAAACUGGAGACACUUAGGCUCUCUGGCUGUAUGAUUACAGAGGAAGGGUGUGCUUCUCUGGCCUCAGCUCUGAGGUUUAACCCCUCCCACCUGAGGGAACUGGACCUGAGCUACAAUCAUCCAGGGGGAAAAGGACUUGAGCUGCUCUCUGUUGGACUGAAGGAUCCACAGUCCAGACUGAAGAAACUCAAUGUGGAUAAUGGUGGAGAGCACAGAAUCAAACCUGGGCUUAGAAAAUAUGCCUGUAAGCUCACGCUGGACCCAAACACGACAAACAAACGCCUUUCUCUCUCUGAGGAGAACAGAAAGGUGACAUGGGGAAAAGAGAAGCAGCCGUAUCAUGAUCACUCAGAGAGAUUUGAGGGCUGCUGUCCACAGGUGCUGUGUAGAGAGGGUCUGUCUGGGCGCUGUUACUGGGAGGCAGAGUGGAGUGGAGGAGGGGUUUCUAUAGGAGUGGCAUAUAAAUCCAUCAGGAGGCGUGGAGCGGGUGAUGAUUGUAGGUUUGGAUCCAAUGACAAGUCCUGGAGUCUGGACUGUCGUGAUAAAUGUUACCAUCUUUGGCACAAUGAUGAGAACAUUAGCUCAUCUUUCUCUCAGUCUCACAGAGUAGGAGUGUAUCUGGACUGGCCGGCCGGCACUCUGUCCUUCUACACAGUCUCCUCUGACACACUGACCCACCUGCACACAUUCCACACCACAUUCACUGAGCCCCUCUAUCCAGGUUUCAGAGCAGCGUACGAUGAGUCCUCAGUGUCUCUGUGUCUGUUAGAAUAGAUGUCAUUGACAAGCUCUUCUCCUGUCUGGCCCCCCAAUGGUGGAAUCAACUCCCCACCUCCAUCAGGGACACUGACUGUCUCCCCACCUUCAAGAAAAGGCUCAAGACGCACUUGUUCCGGGAGUACAACGGCACUCAGGAAUGCUUGGCUGGACCUGAUGUUAGUUAGUUUCCUCCAGGAUCACAAUGACUAUUGGUAAGUGCCAUUUUUGUUAAUCUUUUGUUGAAUUGUCAAAAACUGUCAAAGAAAGGCACCUAAAUAGCCUCAAUAAUCUUAGAGAGAACUUUGUCAUAACAAAAUGAUUGAUACAAAAGACAAGUUUGUCUCUUGGGUGCCUAAGACUUCUGCACAGGUACUGUACAUUGUCUUGUGUAUAAAUGUUUUGGUCGUUUAUACACUAUAUAUUAUAUAGUGUUUAUAGUAUAUAUUAUUUUCCUUUCUUAAGAUGUUAUGUAGUGUUCAUAUUGUUAUUGGUAAUAUUAGUGAGUGCCAUUUUUGAAAAAUUGAUGCACAAAUAAUUCUAAAUAAUCCUAAAAUACAAAAUGUUGAAUUGUGAAAAUUCUGAAAGAAAGGCAUCUAAAUGGCCUCCUCAAUGAUCUUAAGAGAGAACUUUAUAGACUGAAAACUCUUUUCAGUGGCGAUCAUAGAUUUUUUCUGUUUUGUAAUAUAUAAUGAAACUGUAUAUCAACCAUCAAUAUUCAACUUGUAUACAUAUUAGUACAACAAUAUUAGUUGCUAAAAAUGUAAUGAGCACCAGAAUUGUACCGUGGCACUAAUACAGUUUUCCAGCAUAUUCAGUUUUGACAUACAUGUACUCAUCAUAUAGAUUGUACUCACUCAAUUUGAUCAUUCUCACUUUGACAAAGGAUAGGUGGAUGUAGAAGACUUAGAAUGUUAAUGUGUUUUUGUGGCAGUGAACUGUACAGGAAUUAACUGUAACAUUUCUUAUCUUGGUGUUCAUUACACCCUUGUGAUAUUGCUUACAAUUAUAUACAAAGGUUUCACACUGAUUUGCGUUCAGAAUUUUUGACAUUUACGACAGUAGAUAUGUAGUAGUAGAGCACUUGAACACAGAGCAAGUGGUCCACGGUUUAAAUCACUCCUCUGUGUCUUGCUUUGAAUAAAAUCUGUUUAUGAUUAUG